CAUUUCCCAGAAGGUAGCUGGCCUUGGGGGCUGGAGCUGUAUUUGAAUUUCCCCCGAGGGAGGUAAAAAAAAAAACAACUGUGCCUACAGUCGGAGCUGCUGUUCCACUCCUUUUCUUCAAGCUCGGGACAAAAAAGGCUGGGUGUGAAGACAAGAACCAGAAAGAUGACCGGAAGGAAACUUACCUUAUGGAAUUGCCCCAAGAUAAUGCUCACCUCAUCCUUGGGCAUCAUUGUAUUGCUCUCUCUCACACACAUGUGUGUAACCAGUGCCCAACACCACCAAAGUUCAUCUUGGCAAAAGAAGCGUAUGGAACCUGACUUUUUAUCUGAAGUGACUCGCACUGUAAGGAAAACACUGGAGAAUUUGAUUGGUAAAGAGAACUUUCUGAUGCUGAAUGAGAAUAUCUCUUCCCUGCUUUGGCUAGUUUCCUCUGGAAUCUCUUCAGCCUUCCUUGUUGUGGCUCGAAUUGCAGAGCAGUUUCUCACAUCCUUUGGAAUGGCUGGAGAUGAAUUAACUCAGUUUCUGAAGCUGAGCCCUGACAAAGUGCAGACACUGCUGCUCUGGAGCCUGGCUGCCCUGAUAAGCUACUGGGUGCUCUCGCUGCUGUUGAGUCUGUUGCUCGCGAUUUUGAGCCGCAUCAUGUGGGGCCUCAAGUUUGUUCUCUUUGGAAGCUGCUUUGCAUUUAUUGUGUUUACCGUGCCCGACUGUUCGGUACAGGUUGGGCUUCUCUUGGCCUUGCUAACGCUCUAUGUCUUGCUGGGUUGGCUGAGUGGGUCCAAUCGCUCUGGUGCACGGCUGGAAGCUAAAGUGCACAGCUUGGAGCGCCAAGUGGAGGAACUGCAACGCCGGCAGAGGCAGUCUCCCAGGCACCUGGAUGAGGAAUAAGUUUCAGGCAGGGGGCUGCCACCUUCAUUUACGCAUCUUCUCUAAGAAGCAACUACGUUUCUCCCUUUCUUUAUCCCUUACGUUACUUCUUUUCAGGCUGUAGAUGUUCCUGGGAAUCUUUUCACCCACUACUAUUUAGGAGCAUGGACGUCCUCCCUUAGAAGAUGAUUGCACCUGACAUACUAUAGCUUCUCAGUUGGUAGUAACAUGUUGAAAAGCUUUUUCUUUACUUUUGUCUUCUGUCCUGUUAUUUUCAUGCCCCUUUUUAGACCCCGUCUUCCCCACUCUGUUUUUCAUUUGACUCAUGGCAGCCUGUUUGCUUCUUUAAAGACGAUGGGCCUGAUCAUGAAGAAUGCUGAUUUCUGGGGAUAAGAGAACAGGAAUUUGCACAGUUCACACAGGGGUCCUUGGGCGUGGCUAUCCCACACUAGCAUGCUCAUAUUUAUAAAGCUCAGUGCCUCUGUGAAAGUUAAGGAUGAUUGCUGUGUUUGUGACGAUCCCCACAGCAGAUCAGGACAUUGUGCGUGUUGAAGUUGUUUUAAUACUCACAAACCAAAGAUGCCUUUUAAAAGCAAGGUUACACCAUUUUCUUAUGCAUGCCAGUGCUGUGUGAGAAAAUGUAAGAGUGUUAUGACAAGUGGUGUUCACCUGCUGAUCCGGAACAGAGAUAAGCCAUAGACAAGCGACCAAGGGAAGGUACGCAGGCCUUCCCGCCGGACUGAAUUUAUGCUGCAAGCAGGCAGAACCAUAAAUCCAGACUCAUGACUACUUUGCCUGUUUGGGAAUGGAGGCCUGUGGCUUUGUGCUAUUA